AUGGGGCUUCACCUCCUGGAGAUGAUUCUCCACAGUUGUGGGUGCGAGGCUGUUUCUGCACCACCCACCAGACCGAAGAACACCAGGCAAGGCGCCAGCGCCAUCCAGGGCGUCAUCGACUGGCUUCAGGAUGCUCUCGGCCAAUUUGAGGCAAGUCCACAGCGGUCUGUGUUGGGCAGUGACGUCACCCUCAGCUGUACCAUUUCCAGACUCCCAGAUACAGUCAGUCUUCAGUGGGAACCAAAGGACUCGUCCCAGCAGAACAGGAGGGACACUGAUCAGAUCCGCCUGAAUAGCACGGUCUAUCUGAUGGUCCGACACGUUACAGUGAAGGAUGGGAAGUUGUACGUGUGUCAAGUGCGGGAAAACGGAGACAUUGUUCGCACAAUAGAAGCACAUUUUACUGUAGUUAGAGUUUUACAUAGGAAGCGUUACACCGUUUAUCGCUCCAGCACAGAUCACAGUGAACUCCACCUGAUUUGCUAUCAUGGUUCUAAUGAUCACCCUCGUGCUGCGUGGACCUGGCGCUCACGUCAGCUUCAGGACCAGGAGAAAGAAAUAGCGUCUGCAAAAAAAUCUCAGCCCAUCGGUGUCAACAGGAGCAACUUCGGGAAUCGACUGGUGUCCUCAGUGAAUCACUUCAAUGGCAAGAAUUUGAGUAUGAGGAUUGUCCCUGUUUUGUUUGAAGAUGCAGGAGAAUACAUAUGUUCUCUGCGCCCGUACACGUUUCUGACCAUUGAUCUAAUCACAGUGAAAGUCACAGCUGAACCAGCUGAUGCAGUGACCGAGGGAGACAUCGUCACCCUGACCUGCUCUGUGUCUGACGUCACUAAACCAAUGAGACUGGUUUGGAUCAAUGGUGAUGGUAAAACUGUUGGAGAAAAGUCACUGAAAAGGGAAGAGAAAUCACUGAGUCUGAUGGUUCAGAAAGCUGAGAGAGGAGGAAGGAACUGGCGAUGUGGUUUGUUUCAGGAAAACAGGCUCCGGAUUGUGGUCCCGUACUACCAGGAGCCCAGUGGAAGUGGGAAUUCUAUUUACUUUUUCCAUCAAGAAGGGAACUUUGUACUGAAGGGACCGUACAAUCCUGGAAAUGGCCCCAUUGUCUUGGAAUGGAGGCCACACAGAGGGCAACAAACCACAAAGCGAUUGGCCACUCUUCGCAGAGAAGAUAAACGGUGGGCUGUACAAUGGAGUGACGAGUACAAUAAGAUACCCGGCAUUUCCCAGAGGAUGCAUGUGGACUGGGGCACCCUUAAUGUGAGAAUCAGGAAGCCCACCUUUGAACUUGCAGGACUGUUCAGCUGGACUCAGUCACAGCCUGGUGGGAAAAUCCUGAGACAGUGGGAAGUAUUUGGGAUAAAAGUUGAGGUAGACUCAUGGAGACCUGUGGUGGGCAGUGACAUCACCCUCAGCUGCACCACCUCCAGACUCCCAGAUACCGUCAGUCUUCACUGGAAACCAAGAGGCUCAUCUCAGCAGAACAGGAGCAACAACACCGAUCAGAUCCACCUGAAUAACACCGUCUAUCUGAUGGUCCGACAUGUUGGAGCAGGAAAUCCCAAUCUGUACACAUGGGAAGUGCAUGAAAAUGGCUCUGCUGUUCUCACUGGAGACAUAGUUGUUCAAAUGGAUCAGGAUUUACACAAUAAGACAUACACAAUUUAUCGGUCAGACACAGAUCACAGUGAACUCGACCUGAUUUGUGAAGCUUCUACUGAGCUCACUGAAACCAAAUGGACUUGGAAGUCACAAAUUGUCCAGAAUCAAGAGAAGGAAAUAGGUUCUACUCACACAUCUGAGCCGAUCAAUGUCAACAGGAGCUACUUUGAGAAUCGACUGGGAACCACAAUGGCAAAUGUGAAUGGCAGGAAUUUCAGUGUGAGGAUUGUUCCUGUGCGGUUUGAAGAUACCGGAGUUUACACAUGUUCUACGGGAUCGUAUAAACAUGUGACCAUUGAACUAAUCACUGUCAAAGCCACAGUUGAACCAUCUGAUGCAGUGAAUGAGGGAGACAGUGUUACCCUGAUCUGCUCUGUGUCUAAGGUCACCGAAUCAAUGAGACUUGUUUGGAUCAAUGGUGUUGGCCAAAUAGUGGGAGAGAAGCUUUUGAGGGAGUCAAGACAGGAAGAGAAGUCAUUACAGCUGCAAAUUCCAAAAGCUGAUGCAGACAAAAGGAAAUGGACAUGUGGUUUGUUUCACCAGAAUACACUCAAGGUUUUAAUUCCGAAUCAUUCAAAGAGGAAUUAUAAUUUCCCUUCAGGACAUAUAAUUUUUGCUAUUACCGGGAGUCUGGUUCUUCUUCUCAUUUUCAUUAUUCUGACAGUGGUGUGUCGAAGGAAGUGUAAGAUUUCAGGUUUGGGAAAUCAAAGACAGAAACCUCCACAAGCAAAGAGAAACACAGAAGAUGAACCUCACCUUUAUUCAAAUCCUCAUGAAAUCCAGGAGAUGCAAGACAUAGAGGAACAUAUUCACUAUGGAUCCAUCUGCUUCCAAACGAAAACACCAGAUGGGCACAGUCAUGGUACACGAUUGUCCAAUCAAGUGUCAGAUACUUCCCUCACUCCUUCAAAGGAAAAUGAUUCAUCUGUCAUCUAUGCACAAAUUGUACAAACUAAAAUGUGAAUGAUCUGCAGAGAAUGCAAAGGAAGAGUAACUUCCUCUCCUGAGUUGACAGUGCAGAAUGCAACAUUUUUGUGAAAUGAAUUCUCAACAUUGGAACCGCUGUGUAGCUUUCAUCCUUUGUACCUGCUGUAAUUUAACAUAAUCAUUGCACCAAGCUAUUUAAGAAGGAGCACCUCAG